AUGACUGCACCGUUACACUCCGCUGCUGCUGCCAUCCCACCAGGCUUUAUUGCACGCAAGGCUAAAAUCCUAUCUGACCUGUCUGUCCCAGAUGCAGAGUACUCGGAUUUGUCACCCAAGGGCUCGGUCGAUGAAGGUAUUCGCGACUUGAUCAGAGACAUCAAUGUUCUGGAUGGCCUCGUGACAACAAGCAGUUGCGCAGGGAGAGCAAGCGUCUUUGUGGAAGGAAGCAAGAAAACGAAUAGCAAACGGACGACAGGAGAGUCUUCUCGAGGUUCAACGAUUGUUGUAUCGUCGCAGGUAUCGAGCGAAGUUGCUUCGAAUACUGUCGAUCAAGAUGCAGUUGACGAGAGCCGCAAGGGAGACGAUGGUCGGAAGUUCGCUCUUGUGGGCGGAAAGGGCGAGGGAAGGUGGUUGUACGUCUCACAUGACCCCGUCAACCUCGAAGCUUCCUCCUACCACAAACUGUUUGGCCUCGUUCCCGGCGACGGCAUUCCAAGGCCCAAUCUCUCUCAGGAUGGCGGCAUACGGCUUAUUCGAUUCCAUUACGAUCCAAUGGUACGUAUGGACGCUCCAAAAUUUCUCCACCCGACAAAACAUGAUCGAAAGAUUGACAGCUUUUUGCAGAUUCUGCACGUAAUGACCGCCACGCUUCACCACGCCCACCCAGUGUUGGCCGCAGCUUCCAGUGCAGGGUUCCGUGAAAGCGGACUACAAAGCCUGAGAUGCCUGGAAACGUCACAAAAGAACAGUUCAGAGUACUAUUCCGCUUCUCACAGCCCGAUUGUCGCGGUCCGUUCGUCGGGAUUGUCUCUUGAAUCUAUUAUCGGGUACUGUGAGUAUAGUAAUGACAAUUCAGACCCCGUUAUGCGGAGUCUGGUGACGGAAGAAUAUUUGCAAAUGCUGGUGGCGCUGGCAAACGAAAGGUUUGAAGUCAACAAGGAGCGUGUCGAAAGGUUUAGAACCAAGCUACUUGAUCUGUAUGCAGCUGCUUCCACAGCAGCACCGAGUACCACGCGCGGAAGGAAACCUCCGGAAUGGGAAGAACCGCAAGCGAGAAAAGAGAGGAAAAGAAUUGAAGGAUUAAAGAGACAAGCCGAGCUGGCCCGCCAAAGAUCAUCUGCUACUGAACCAGAUGAUGCAGAAACUGACAUGAGUAUACAUUUAUAA